AUGCCUGGGCACCACACGGAGGGCGGCAGGAGCCAGUGGCAGACGGAGCCGCACUCGCCCUGGGCCGGCCACAGCCCCGCCUCCUCGGGGGCGGAGUCGGACACGGAGAGCAGCAGCACCGAGAGUGAGAGGGCGAGAGAGGGACGGGCUCCAGGCCCACGGACUCCUGCUCAGUCCUACGUCACAAAGCUACAGCUACAUUCUCCCAGAGUUUUUCCGUCUCUGUCCAAAGUCCAGCAGCGCAUCACCGAGAUCGACCAGCAGAGGGAGGAGCUGAAGAUCGAGCUACAGCUGGAGAUUGCGCUGCUUCAAGGCGAGCUCCAGACCGAGAGGAGCCGCCUCCAGAGGCUGUUGCUCCGGCUGCAGACGCUACAGACAGUGCAGACGCCGCAGACGCUACAGACGCCGCAGACGCCGCAGACGCCGCAGACGCCGCAGACGCUGCAGACGCUGCAGACGCUACAGACGCCGCAGACGCCGCAGACGCCGCAGACGCUGCAGACGCUGCAGACGCUACAGACGCCGCAGACGCUGCAGGACCAGGGUCGGCUCCGAAAACACAAACUCACGGAGCGUGAGAGGCUGGAGCUGGAGCGGAGCCGAGUGAUCGAGCUGCGGAGAGUCUGUGACGAGAAGGAAUCUCAGCUCCUGGGUCGCCCCGAAGACCAGCUCCGAGGGCAGCUGCGGCAGAGCUCUGCCUCCUCCGACAUCCCCCGUACAUCCACCGUGGCUCACGCCGCAGUAUUACCUGCAUUUCCACCUCUGAGAACGUCAUUCCCACCUCUGAGAACGUCAUUCCCACGCUCUGAGAACGUCAUUCCCACCUCUGAGAACGUCAUUCCCACCUCUGAGAACGUCAUUCCCACCUCUGAGAACGUCAUUCCCACCUCUGAGAACGUCAGUCCCACCUCUGAGAACGUCAUUCCCACGCUCUGA